AUCAAAACAAUAAUUUGCUCUAGUGGUCCUACACACUCAUUUGUUGAAGGGGAAGAAUACGACGAUCAUUUCGCCGAAAUUGAGGCGAUGGGAGGAGGUGCGUAAUAUUGUGCAAAAAAUCGUGUCCAUUAAACGACUGCGAAAUGCUGUCUUUGUCCUCUCUACACUAUGCUUACUCGUACUGAAAAUUGUAUUUUUUCCCUAAAUAGACCCAUUUUUUAUGGAUGAAGAGGAAUACAAGGAUACAAUUCCAGAGAAAGUGGACGCUGCAAAACUAUUUGAAAACUCUCAAUUGAGUGAGCUGCUUGCUAAAGCCAGCAGUCGCUCUGCAACAGACGGAUUGGGACCUACUCCGAGUCAAAGGAGCACUGUUUCCAACAACAAUGAUUCAGAUUGGGAGUGGGAUGGAACGGUUGACGAAGAUGCUCACUUAGGAUUGGAUUAAUUACUCGAUAGUUCAUGGUUCAGAAUUGGUGAAGACUAUGACCC